GGUAUUGACCUGCAGAAUUGAGCGCAAAGAGUGGUAUUAUCUAACUUUCUUUGUUCUUUCCAAAGAACAAUAGGCGUUUAUACUUAACGUUACUUGCCCUGUUUUUACCACGACCCCUUCUCAUCCCCGUCUCGAACCAUUCCACGUCCUUCUUGUCGUCCAUUCCACUCGUUUUUCACCUCCAACCACCAUGGCUGCAAUCGGCCAGAUUAUAACCCAGAAUGUAAACACUAGGACGCUGGCGCCCGCUGCUGUCGGUUCUCAGGUCGCUCUCAUGUCUGUCGUAUCUGUCGUCACAGUAGUCGCUUUUAAUGUUUUACGUCCAAAAAACAAGAUCAUCUACGAACCAAAGGUAAAAUACCAUGUUGGCGACAAAAAGCCUCCAAGAAUAUCGGAUUCUCUCUUCGGCUGGUUGCCUCCACUCUACAACACACGUGAACCAGAGCUCGUCCAAAAAUUAGGCCUAGACGCUGCCACCUUCCUCCGCUUUACCCGCAUGAUUCGCUAUCUCUUCUCCAUCAUCGCAUUCCUCGCCUGCGCCAUUCUCAUACCUGUGGACGUCACUUACAACCUUGCUCAUGUGGAUCCAGCAAAUCGCGACGUUCUCUCUAUUCUCACAAUCCGUGACUUACAGGGCUCCACCCUCUUCGCCCACGUCGCGCUCAGCUAUGUUAUCACUGCAGCGGUCAUGUACUUUGUGUGGAAAAAUUGGAAAGAGAUGCUUGCCCUUCGCCAUGAGUGGUUCCGCUCUCCAGAAUACAUAGACUCGUUUUAUGCGCGCACGCUCGCCAUCACUCGCGUUCCCCGGUCUUACCAAUCAGAUGAGGGCAUUCGUGCCAUAUUCGAGUCAGUGCAAGUGCCGUACCCCACAACAUCUGUGAACAUUGGUCGCAGAGUCGGAAAGCUCCCAGAACUCAUAGAGUAUCACAACACAGCUGUCAAAGAGCUAGAACAGGUCUUGGUCACCUAUCUCAAAGGCGGUCAUAUUGCGAAGGAGAGACCUACAAUCAGAAUUGGCGGCUGGUGUGGCAUGGGUGGUGUGAAGAAAGAUUCCAUCGACUUUUAUACCGCUAAACUCAAACGAACGGAGCUCGCCAUAACAGAAUAUCGAGCGCAUAUCGAUACUCGCAAACCCGAGAACUAUGGUUUUGCAUCGAUGGCAGCUGUCCCAUACGCUCAUAUUGUGGCUAACAUACUGAGAGGAAAACAUCCCAAGGGAACCGAUGUCGUUUUGGCGCCUAAUCCAAAGGAUAUCAUAUGGCAAAAUCUCCCUAUGUCCCCAGCGGAGAUAUUCCGUAACAGAGUUCUCGGUUUUCUCAUCCUGGCUCUCGUCUGCUUUUUCAAUACUAUUCCUCUUUUCGUUAUCUCUAUCUUGGCGAAUUUGGCUUCGAUAGCCGCGUUUGUCCCUUUCAUCGAAUCUUGGUCCAAAGCCUCUCCUGGCUCUUUCGCAGUCAUCUCUGGUGUCCUUCCUCCAGCGGUAUCUGCUCUCUUCGCGUUUUUCCUCCCCAUCGUGAUGAGGUGGGUUAGUCGAUGGCAGGGUGCGUUGACGCAGAGUCGCCUUGAUCGCGCAGUCGUUGCGCGUUAUUUUGCUUUCCUCGUUAUUUCGCAAUUGGUCAUCUUCACAUUGAUCGGUGUCGGUUUCAACUCGGUUCAAGAGAUCAUCCUCGAGAUUGGUGAACAUCACAGUUUCCAAGAUAUAAUCAACAAUCUGCAUACCCUUCCAAGUAUUAUCAACCGAACGUACAUCAACCAAGCAUCAUACUGGCUGACGUUCUUCCCGCUUCGUGGAUUCCUUGUUAUAUUUGAUCUAGCGCAAGUUCUCAAUUUAGUAUGGACGUCGUUCAAGACUCAUGUGUUCGGUCGUACGCCGCGUGAUAUUCGCGAAUGGACACAGCCACCUGAGUUUGAUUAUUCCGUGUACUACUCAAACACACUCUUCAUGGGUACAGUCGCACUUGUGUUCGCACCACUUGCCCCUCUCGUUGUGCUGGCCGGUGCCAUUGUUUUCUGGCUUGGUUCAUGGGUGUAUAAAUAUCAGCUCAUGUUUGUGUACGUCACCCAAGUCGAAACAGGAGGGCGUAUGUGGAAUAUCGUAGUGAACCGCCUGCUAAUUUCUGUCAUUUUGAUGCAACUUUUGAUGGUCCUAACCAUCGGCCUCCAGUAUCAAUUCAAGUCCUUCAUGUGGCUCACCACUGUUCCUCCUAUCCUCUUUAUCAUCGCUUUCAAGAUCUACAUUGAUCGCACCUUCUAUACCAAGUACCUCUUCCACAUCCCAUCCGAAGCUGAACUACGCGAUGCCAAGAUCCAUUCGUCUCGUGCAGAUGCGUCCGGAAAUCGCCUCGAGAAGCGUUUCGGCCACCCCGCGCUGCAUGCAGAGCUCUUUACUCCCAUGCUCCAUGCCAAAAUGAUGCCCCUCCUUGCAGACGUCUACAAAGGCAAAAUCGGCAGCGAGGAAGCGAAGCUCAACGAAUAUGGCGGAAGGGGGAUGGAGGCACAGGUUAUCGAAGGAGGCAUUCGCAUUGCAGCUAUCGAACAACGCGACCUCGAAUAUGACCCUGCUUUAUACCAGCGCGAUAGAGGCGAGCUUGACUGGGAUCAACGAUCGAUGUCAACGACGGUGCUCAACAUGCAAGGAGGUGGAUCGGAUGCCGCGUCCCUCUAUGCUGCCAAAUCUUUCUAUUAUGCCAACGGGAACAACGGACGUGCCUCGCCCGCGCCUUCUGUUUAUGAUCGAUACAUGGCCAAAGGCCCCUCUCUGUCGCAGAGCGAUAUUGAGUUGUCCAGACUGGAUAUGGCCAACGUUGACCAGUUGCCGCUUCUCAACGAACAGCAGGCUAUGGGUUACUAUGAUGGACACCCGCCCCCGCCAGUGCCAGCACUGCCUCAAUAUAGUUCUCCAGUUCGCAUGACCCCAUCUUUGCCUCCGUCACCGCUGGCCCAGUAUCCGCCCCCACCUGGGAUGUACAGGAACCCCACUGAUGGAUACAGAGAAGCACCACUGCACCGGCCAUAUCCCCCUUCACAGCAAGGCACGAGUUAUCGGGAAGAGCUUCCACCGCCUAACAUGGCGGGGAGAGGAGUAUACAGACAAUAGGUGUCAGGCGAGCGUAUUCUCAGACCAGGAAAAGAAGAACAAUUUCUACAAUAGAAUCUUACUAUUUAUCUAAUGCGGCAUAUACGACUCGUUUAUUGCUUCUUUUGUGGCAAUGCACCCCUCAUCCAUUUCUUCGCAUAUCUCUCCCCUUCAACACUCCUGGAGCGGCGUUCUACGUUGCUAUUUCGCAUAAUCAACGCUCUUUUUCAUUGUAGUCACAAGUACAAGUAUAGAAUACUUAUGGUUUUCGUGUUUUAUCUUCCGUUGGACUUAUGGACUCGUGGUUUCUCAUGGAAGGUUGAUAGCCAACUUGUUUUGCUCGUACUCGUAAAUUGGUUUUGCUCACUACGUUUACUACUAGGGGGAGUAGGGGCCCGCUAGUUAGUAUUUGCUGGUGCAUAUUCUGUCGUAUGUUUAUUUCAUGUAACUGUUUCAUUAGCUACUUAUUCGACAGGUCUAUGAGGCUAGAUCGGCAAGCCCUCUAUGACCUCUCUUCACCGUAUGCAGGCUACUUCUACUAGUAAUAGUAAUGCAUAUUUUGAACCUGCCGCU